GCGGGAAGGGGAGGCCGCGCGGGCUGGGAGCCGCGCCGCAGCCGCCGCGCCGCGAUGGGGCUGGAGACCGAGAAGGCAGACGUACAGCUCUUCAUGGACGACGACGCCUACAGCCACCACAGUGGCGUCGACUUCGCCGACCCCGAGAAGUUCGCGGACACUGGCCCGGACCGUGAUCCCCACGGGCUCAACUCGCAUCUCAAGCUAGGCUUUGAGGAUGUGAUCGCCGAGCCGGUGACUACGCACUCCUUUGACAAAGUGUGGAUCUGCAGCCAUGCCCUCUUUGAAAUCAGCAAGUACGUGCUGUACAAGUUCCUGACCGUAUUCCUGGCCAUCCCCCUGGCCUUCGCCGCGGGAGUGCUCUUUGCCGUCCUCAGCUGCCUACACAUCUGGAUUUUGAUGCCUUUCGUAAAGACCUGCUUAAUGGUCCUGCCUUCAGUGCAGACGAUAUGGAGGAGUGUGACAGAUGUUGUCAUUGCGCCACUGUGUACAAGCAUAGGACGAUGCUUCUCUUCUGUCAGCUUGCAGCUGAGUCACGACUGAGCACUUGGACCACAGAUCUGGAGAGUCGGUUACUAUAAUACUUCUUUGUUGUUGUAACAAAAAAGCACUACUGUUCUCUUCAUUUCCCAACUCUUCCAAUUAAGAAAACUAUUAAGAUAUGCACCCACAUGGGCAAAUGUUUAUUGGCAGAUCUUUUCAAAUCAUACCAUUCUAAUUAACAGUCAUGGAUUUCAUAUCUACCUUUAUAGCCAUAAUUAUACAGUAGGUUGGCAAUACUUCAAUUUUUAAGGCAGUUUUUUACUUUAACACAGAAUUCUCCAUUUUAUAUGAAUUUAUUGUGAUUAAGAGAUAUUUCUCUAAAAACACUACAAUACUUCUAUGCACAACUUUCUUUUUUAACUCUACGAGUAAUCCUUUUUAAAUUACCAUUAUAGUACUGGUAAUAAGGAUAAGGGAUGCAUAGAUAGGAUAUUCAAAGAUCCUAGAUACUACAGUAACAAAAAACACACAGUGAUGAUAAUAACUAUCAGAUAAUAAAAAAAUGUGAAAACAGGUUCAUGAAAAUGUAUUCUUCUAAGCUAUUGUUAACCUAUAGGCCUAUUUAACAAGUUGUUUCAUUUGACUGUAUAUUUUGUGCUGAAUGUAAAUUGUUGCUCUAAUCAGAUUGCUCUAAAGGAGGUUUAUUAUAUGUGUUAUCUUGUUGAACAUUAUAAUAUAUAGAAUGAGAACAUGUAAUUCCCACGAUGUAACUUCAUUGAUAAAAUUGCACUGUUGUAAUUAAGGAAGCUUAAAUCUUUGAGAAUAGAAUGUUAACAGAAAGAUAUUCAAGACUUUCUUUUCAAAUUUUUCAAAGCAAAAUUCUAAAAUGUUUUAUGAAUAAUUUUUAUCUGGUUGUGAUCUUAAAAUAAUUCAUAUCUAAUUGGAAUUUCAUUUAAACAAAGCUUUUUUCUUUUCUCUCGUAGUUAGAAAUUAAUCCUGUACACUGCAUUCCCAUUAAUGUUUCACUUUUCUUUCAAUUAAUAUUGGUGCUAUUUAAUAAUAUUUUACAAUAAAGACUAUUUCUGACAAAGUAUAAUUUUAACUACAACGAUUUAGAUAGAACAAUUGUCAAUUUGCUGGGUUCAUGCUACUGAGCUACAUGCAUAAAUUAAUAAUUAGCAGCUAUAAACAUUUAAGAUAUUCUUUAAUAUGUGUUUUAUAACACAGUAUCAAGUUAUGCUUAUCUUUUUUGAAUUGUAGAGUCCUAUUUUGAAUUGUAGAGUCCUAUUUCACUGUUACGAGUUACUGUUGCUUUAAAACUCUGAUUAUUCCAAAUUGACAGGCAUGUACUGGAUAAGUUUAUGAUGUGAGUAGUUACUAUAAUUUGCACAUCAGUGCAUGCAUUGCAAUGUGUCAAUGCUCAAACUUCAAAAUUACACCAGAACCUGAAUUAGCAUUUCUUUGAAUAUCCUCACAUAAGUGACAAAUCUUCAUUCAGUGAACAGCAAUGAGAUUUUUCAAAAUUAUCAGGUCGAGUGAAUAUAAAUGAGGAUUGAACUGGAAUACUACUGACAACCAAAUCAAGUGAAUGAUUCAGUUAUGAAGUUCAUAUCCUUUUGAAGAUAGUUACAAAAGAGACAUUUCAAAACUGCCUUCAGCCAUUGUAGCAUCCUUAGAAAAGGCUCUCAUGAUGAUUACCACUCACUUGACUAUAUAGAUUUUAUUAUGUUAGUUAAACAGGUCAAUCAGUCUCAUGGCUUUAUAGUUAUACUUGAUAUUUAAAUGUUUAUUAAACAUCUUUGGAUAUGUAGAUAAGCCAAAAGUAUCUGAUUAAUAAAAUAUCUAUUGUAAUAAAUCAUGAGCUACCACAUUUUCAACUAGUUACUUGUCAGUUUUAAAGCUGAAAUAUACACACAUAGCCAUAUACCAAGGUCUUUUCACUUUUAACAAGUGAUUCUAAUGAGUCCUUUCAAAAUGAAUUGUUGAGAUUUUCCAUUAACUAUUUCAUUUCAAAGACUCAAACUUUAUAUCAAGUGAAUCCAAGUUUCAUAUGUAUUCAUAUUGGCUCUUUUAUUUGAGGCAAGAGAGAGUGAUAAAUGAGACUUCUAUAAUAAACUUUCUAAAAACUCAUAAA